UCCAUGGCCAGGCAGUCCGUGUGUAAACAUGGAAGCUCAUUUAACCAAAUUAUCAUCAUUGCUUCUUCAGGCUCUUCCCUUCGCAGCAGCAGCACGUGCAUCGCCCAAUUCAACUACCAUUCUUCUCAGUAGAAUUUCAGUUGGCGGGAUUGGCCACUCCCUGCUCUUCCUCUUCGCCCCCACCCCCAACUAACUAAAACCCCCCACACCCACAAUCUCCAAAACCCCCUUGCUUAUCGCCCCCCACCCCUUUAAUCUGUUCCUCCACGAUGAAAGCGGCGACCACCAGUUUCUCCUUCACUCACCUCCGCUCUCUGUUCUUCGUCUUCUUCAGAUUGUUUCUGCAAAUGGGGUUUCUUCUCGUCUUCCAUUUUGAAAUCAUCUGCUAAGGAAACCCACUUUCAAAUAAUCCCAUUUGAAGUGAAGAUCGUCUUGGAGAACCAGUGGUUCGAGAUUCCGUGGAUGGGCUUGAAGCAAUUGGUAUGGAGUCUCGUUUGACCACAAACAAUGUAGACCAACCAUUGCUUAAGCCUUCAGCUUGAUUCUUUGUUGGGUCCUUUCAAAGCUAUUGGAUACCGCAUUCUGGGAAGCAAUUAUUUGGUUAUCAACGUUUUCUUGAAUGUUCAUAGGCGUGUCUUUUCUGAGAAAAACGUGACUUCUUGUACAUCAUGGACAAUAAAGCGGCGGAGAGAGUUGUUGUUGCCAGACCGGUUGCGUCGAGGCCGACAUGUUCCAGUUUUAAGUCAUUCUCUGAUAUCCUUGCGUGUGCCUUCAAUACUUCUCCACCUAAUAUGUCAUCAGAAACAACCAAGGUUGCUGCCAUAAGACCAAAGACAGUGAGGUUUAAGCUGAAGGACAAUCCUGCUCCAUCACCCAUGGCCAAAAUUUCGGAAACCGCCCCUCGAACGAUCUCUUGUAGUUCAUCUGAUAAUCUUGCCAUAUCAGACAGCAAAACCACUGUUUUAUUCAAACCUUUGGCGAAGCAUGUAUCGAAACAGACCGUCUCUCAGCUGUCACACAUUGGGAACACCAAUUUGCAAAACUGUUUACCACAUCCACCUGAUAAGGACAGUAUUCAAUGUCCAAAUCAAGGUAAAGACAAUGUCCAAUCUGCACUGACCUCAAAUCUUCCCCAGAACAUCACAUCCACCGUUGAAAACAGCCAAUCUAUUGAAAGCUCAAGAGUGACAUUGAAUUAUAGCAAAGAGGAUCCAACAUUGCUUCAUUCUCAAGUAAGUUGUGCUCAGCCUUCUUAUGACGGAUAUAAUUGGAGGAAAUAUGGACAAAAGAAAGUUAAGGGAAGCAAGUAUCCGCGGAGUUAUUACAAGUGCACACAUCCAAGUUGUCCUGUCAAGAAAAAGGUUGAGAGAUCAUUGGAUGGGAAGAUUGCUGAAAUUGUUUACAAAGGUGAGCACGACCACCCAAAGCCUCAGCCUCUAAAGCUCAACUCAUCAGGGACACCAGGGGAAGGUUCGAUAUCAGAUGGAACGGUACGAGAUACUAAUCCGAAGCUAUGGCUUUAUUACCUCAACGGACAAAUAGAAGGUAGUGAAAGUCAGCUCGAGAAUCACAUCGAAAAAACUUGUCAAGGCACAGUUACAUUACCCUUUGAUCCAGUUGUAGUUAGAGAAGUCCAUACUGGAUGUAGAAUCUCUGAUAAUUCAUGCGGUCUAAGUGUAGAAUGUGAAGAAGGAAGCAAGGGACUUGAAUCCACAGGUGAUAAAUUGCGAAGUAAAAGAAGGGGUGGCAAAAAUCCAACAAAUGAAGCUGAUAUAUCAAUUGAAGGUGUUUAUGAGCACCAUGCUAUGGCUCGAUGCUCCGCUGAUAUUGAGAUUUCUGGCAAAGGCAUUCGCUGGAGAAAAUAUGGGCAGAAAGUUGUAAAGGGAAAUCUAUACCCUCGAAGUUACUACAGAUGUACCGGUCUCAAAUGCAAAGCGCGCAAGUACGUCGAACGAGCGUCGGAGGUUCCAGAUUCCUUUAUCACUACUUAUGAAGGAAAACACAAUCAUGAUAUCUCACUUGGAAAUGCAAAUCAUGUAGCUCCUCAAAUGGAAUAACCCAAAAGAAUAGAAACAAAUGGAUUGAUUCACUUGUGGAGCAGAGUGAAGGCAGCCAGCAUGUGGAGAGGAAACAUCGAAUCAUUUUGAAGAUAUCGUCGUCUAUUGCUCAUCCAUAUCGGUACGUCGUUUCGUCUUCAACAUCCAUAGUUUCGACGUGUAUGGUUUGUUGCAAGAGUAGUGCCUACUCUUCAUUGUGCUGCUUUUAGUUGAGCAAAUUUUCAAGCACUUCCAAUGAGUCUGUUACAUUUUGUGUCAUUAAACCAACAAGAUAGCUUUGUUUUUUCCUC